GUUUAUUCACUUCGUUGCUUCGAGUUCUGCUCUGCGAGGAGUCAACCGGCACAGAAAAGCAGAUCCGGACGCAAUGUCGACCGAAACACAGGAGCCGCCUCCUUCGGAAACUCUCUACAUCAGGAACAUCAAAGAAAACAUCAAGAUCCCGGUGCUGAAAGAGUCUCUAGAUGCAGCGUUUAGUCUCUACGGCCCGAUUUUGGAUAUAAUCGCCCAUGGAAACAUACGGAUGCGGGGCCAGGCGUUUGUGGUGUUUGAGGACGUCGAGACAGCGAAGCGGGCGCUGGACGAAGUGCAAGGGUUCCCGUUGUUUGGCGACGAUCAGCCUUUGGAGAUACAUUUUGCGAAAUCAAAGAGUGAUGCGGUAGUGAGUAAAGCAGGGGAGGAAGAACUGGAGGAACAUAGAAAGAUACGAUUAGCAGAGAAGGAUCGGAAAAAGGCCGAAUUCGAGGCCGCGCAAAAGAAGCGCAAACGACAAGGCGGCGCCCUCUCCUCCGGCCGUCCGUCCAAGAAGUCCGCGCUCGGCGCGUCAGACGAGCAACUACCGCCCAACAAGAUUCUCUUUUUGCAAAACCUGCCGGACGAUAUCACGGCCGACCAGCUCACAGAAACAUUCGAGGAAUAUGCCGGGUUCUUUGAAGUCAGACUCGUGCCCGGACGCAAGGGGAUCGCGUUUGUGGAGUAUGAGACUGAUGAGAACGCGGUGGUGGCGAAGCAGGGAACGGAGGAUCUGAAGCUUGGUGAUAAGCCGGUUAAGGUGACGUUUGCGAGAAAGUGAGCAUGGCCGGAGUGGAGUUUUUUGCUUCUCUUUGCUCUCUUGCUCUCUUGUUCUCUUGUUCUCUUGUUCUC